CCCUAGCUCUACCUCUUCCGUUUUACGUGAAAAAUGGCGGCGGGACCAUGGAACCUAGUAAAUAUUGAGCGCCCUGGAACGCAGUCUGUUAUUAAAGUGCACCGCAGUGACCCUACAGAGAAGUGCAUCAAAUCUAUUGUUAGAAUAUGUGAAAAUGUUCUGAAGUCGCUAAAGAAAAAAAUAAUGAAAUCUGAAAUGCAACUGCUGGAUUCAGUUCUGUAUGUUUUCCAUGGCAGAUUGCGUCAUCAUAAAACAUACCACUCUCUUAAACAGGUCCAACAAUGUUUAAAACGUUUGGAGUAUAUGAAUUUAAGAGAGUCCAUCCAGCACUUGGCAGAUGUAUGUCCAAGAAACCUGGAACAUCAAAAUGCCAGCACUUUACUUGUUCCAAGUCAGCCAUUAUUGGAAUGGGUAUUAUUGAAGAUCAUGGGAAGCUGCAAACUUUUGCUUCGUUUGCUGGAUUGUUGCUGUAAAAGCUUCAUUUUGUGUGUUCAGCAUCUUCAAUGGGAAGAAUUCAUCAUUCUAAACACUGUCCUUGCUGGACUCCUCAGCAGAUUAUGGGUGUUGUUCAGAGGUUUAUUGAAAUAUCUUGUCAUGUUGUAUGAGAAAGUGCAUUCAUUGCUGCAAGACGUUUCAUCAGUCCAACAGCUGCCUUAUGCAAAGCAAUUUACGUUUCCUUUACUUAUCAAAGACUUUCUUGGACCCUCAUAUUCGGAGAUAAUUCUUACAAAGCGGCCUUCUGCUCCUUCUGUUAAAUCUGGUGAAACACAGGGUGUGACUGUUUUACUUAAUAGAUUGUUCACAGCUCAGAAACCCUUACUUCCUGAAAACAGCAAUGGAAUGUUUGACACAGUUGGAAAGUUUCAUAAAAAUCUUGCCAUACCAAGAAAGGAGCUUGAUAUUGGACGUCCUGUCUCACUGGAAAGGUUUGACAGAUCUCGAGCGUCUGCAUUUGAUGUAAAGGCUUUACUCAGAAGACAUGUUCCUGUUCACACAGCAUAUCAGAGUAAUGAUGCGUCAUCAGUGACCAAACCAUGUAACAGGAAGAGUAAAACAUAUAAAUCAAAAGACUCUGUAAUAUAUGGGCACAGGAAGAAGAUUUUUGCAUCUAAGAUUCAAGCAGUGCAGUCUUUUUCUGACUUGACAGAAGAACUUAAGGAACUGAUUCAGUGGUGUAGGCAUGAGAAACUCCGGUGUGAAUUCCGUUAUCUUGGAAACAGAUAUUUGAAAUGCAAAUGUCUUAAACACUUGGAAGCUUUAGGAUAUAGAUUGGACAAGAAGUUAAGGUUUACCAAAGCAGUUAUCAGCAGGUAUCUACUUACCAAAACCAAGAAUAUGCAUCAGGAAAACUGUGUUUUAAAAAGGAAGUUGAAUUCAAAGACUGUGUGCCGAAAAAGGAAAUACAGGAAAAAGUUGCUUAGUUCUUCAAAGAAUGCCUGUAAAGAGCACAUCCCUUUGUUUGAAUCAACAUUUGAUGUGUUGGACAGUAAAGGCAUUCGAACAGUGUUACAUAGAAGGACUUCAGCCAUCAAAGAUUCAGAACAGGAGACUGGGAAAAAAGAAAGCAAACAUAGAACUCCAAAAUUAGUGAAAAUUGAGUCCAAGAAGACAGCCAAGAAUACCACUGGAACUGAAGCAAGAGAAACAAAAGAAAGAAAAAUUAGAAGAAAAAUGAUCAAAGAUGAUAUUGAUGAUAUUUUUGCAUCUCUAGGUGUAUAGCAGUUUUUGUGAAGAAUGUUUUAUAAACCCAAAUGCACUUUCCAGAAGUAAGAUUGGAGACAUAUAAAAAGGACGUCUUAUAUUGGAGGUGUGUGUGUGUAAAAAAUGUGAAAAAAAGUCAGUGGCACAUCUUUGAUUUCUGUACUAGCCCGUUUAGAGAGAUUUUUUUAAAUUAAAUUGUCUGUUGGGUCCUUUCAACAUGUGCCUGCCACUGCUAUAUAUCCUAAUACUCAAUAACAAAAACCCAUGUCAACCCACGAGGUGCAAAAAUAUCCAAAUGUAAAAAUAUCUCAUAGAUACUUCACAGUAAACUUUAAUACAAAAAAAAAAUCACAAAUCAGUGGAGCGAUUUUGUCCAAACCAACUGGACUUUAUCAAAACUGUGAGUGAUUAUUAAACGCAAACAUUUGAAGUACCCUUGCUCAGUCACAUGAUAGAAACCAUGCAUAAAUAAAGAUAAAGGAGAUCGCAAAUAAUUAAAUCUCAUUUGUAAAACUGAAAUAUUAUCAUUAAGACCUGGUGUUUUGAAGAAAUUUUCUCAUGUUCCAGAUCUUUCACUGCAAUCUAUUUUAGCCAAAAUGGAGACAAAUUUCUUAAGAUGUACAGACAUGAGAAUGAUUAACUACAUUUCCUGAUAUCAAGACAGUGUUCAAAAAUUCUGUCCUCUAUUGCACGUUCAGUCUUGCCUACAUAAAAUGCAUCACGACACACACUGUGCAAGAUAAACAAGGUAAUGAAUUAAACUCUCACCUGAUCUGUGAUUUUUUUUUGUAUUAAACAAGUUUAUUGCAAAGUCUCUCUGAGGUGUUUUUAUGGUUAUAUCCUAAGAAAAAAAACUUUAUUCUCCACUUGAAAUAAUUGUAUUCCAUCUGCAGUACAGAUAAGCAGAAUAUGGCAAGACAGUAUUGAUAUAACUAUUUUGUGAAAUGAAUAUUUUACUCAACUGAGAAAAAUAUGAGAUGGCUGACCCUGCUGUCAGCCGAGGCACAGCAGUUUUAAUUGGGUCUUGUGUUGCCGUAUCGAAAACUUAUUUUAUUAAGCCUCCAGCACAGAUUACCAUCACUGACAAAUUUACGAUACAGCUUCCAUUUUUUACAGCUGUAUAUAAAGAGAACUGACAGUAAGAAAUUCAGCUGUCAUAACUGAUCAAUUAUAAACCCUUUCUAUGGAAAUUAUUUAUAUCAGUACUUUUAAAACAAGUCGUGAUGCAUUUCACUGUUUAUGGUUUUACAGAAAGAAAAAACUUGCAGAAAGUAACAUGCAGUCAAAUAUUUACUAUACUAGGGAUGGGUUUCUUAUUUGAUUACAUAAAAAAUUUGAGACAAUCAUGAGACUAAUCCAAUUCCUGGCACAAGCUUUCCGCACAAACUGCCUCUCAUCUCAAACUGCUGCCAUUGUAUCAGUGGUUUGCAGAACAAAAGUGAUAGUCCCUCUUUAUAAUGCAACUGCAGUAUUCCUUCCUUGUCAUUUGAUCAGUUUUUGUUGUGCUGUUUGGAAAUCUACACCAAGCAUGAUUGAAGGGUGCUGUAAAUCCACAGGAAUAAAAAAAAAUGAAUUAUUGUUUUUGUGUGUUUUGGGGAGUGUGUGAACCAGGAGUGCACCAAAGGGAUGCAUCCUACCAUCCUCUGCCAAGCUAUUUUAAUUUCUUAUCUGUGAUAUUCUGUUUUUUAUGGGAUAGAACAUAUUGCAGGAAUAUACUACAGAUUCCGUUCUAUUUUGAUGAAUAAGAAGUCAUUGUUAUACAUUUAUUUAUUUGUUUACCAUUUUUUCAGAUUUCUGUAUGGCACAGAUUUGCUUUUAGAUAAUGUUUUCAUUUUAAAAUGAAAUAAACUGCAGACAUAUCUGUGAUAUUUAUUUCAGAUGAAGUGCAGAAGAAUUACAUGUUAAUAGAAAAAAAAAACUUUAUAAUUUAAAACAAUGCGGUAUGCUGUUUGAUAUUUUAAAAGUCACAUCACAUAGUAUUACUAAAGAGCUAUUUUUUCUUGAAUAAAAUAAUGCAUAGGUUCUAUGGUUAGAACAUUUGAAUCAUUCUAUUGCUUUGAUUAUUUGAACCCUAAAGUAUUAUGCACCAGAUUUUCAACACUUUUUUUUUGUUUUCUAUUCUCACAGGCUGCAUCACAUUUUUUAAAUAGUUUAUGCACUGCACUCAGAACAGAGUGAUAGUUUCAAUAAAUCAUGAGUGAAAUCAGCA